UGUAAAGAGUCCAUGCAGCACCAGGAACAUACUUAUUCAGUGAUAACAUGGCGGCAGCAACUAUACCCAAAACUUCCUGGGCAGAUGAUGUUGACGAGCUUGAUCAACCAAAGAUUGAGGAUUACGUGGAUGAGAAUGGCAUCCGUAUCACCAUCGAGUAUGCUAUAAAUGAUGAGGGAAAGAAAGUCAAGAUAACCCGUAAAAUAAAGCGUACGCUUCAAAAAUCCGUCGUCGAGCACACAGUUGCUGAACGCAAGAAAUGGGCCAAGUUUGGUAAGGAACGAGGGAACAAGGAAGGGCCAGAUCGAGCGACGACCACAGUAGGAGAGAAUGUGACUUUGAAAAUUAGUGCAGGCAACAAGUCCUCUGAGCCGGAGGUGACACCCGAGCAAAAUAUCAAAACCGAACUUGCAAAGGCCGGUGCAGGCAAGGUUAUCUGUCGUCUUUGCAAAGGCGAUCACUUUACUGCCAAGUGUCCAUAUAAGGACUCUCUCGCUGGUCUCGAAACUGCUGACCUACCGCCAGCUGAUGAUGCGGCCGACGUACCUGCUCCUGCAGCCAGCGGGGCGACUGGCGGAAAAUAUGUACCACCAUCAAUGCGUGGUGGUGCUUCUCGUCCUGGUGAAUCCAUGGGACGCCCAGGCGGCUCUCGCGAAGACCUCCCCACACUCCGUGUCACCAAUAUCUCUGAAGACACGCAAGAAUCCGAUCUUCGCGAGCUUUUCGGUACAUUCGGGCGUGUAGCGAGGGUUUACGUCGGCCGUGACCGAGAGACGGGUAUUGGCAAGGGCUUUGCAUUUGUGUCCUUUGAGGAGCGCGCUAUUGCCCAGCGGGCAAUGGAAAAACUAAACGGUAAAGGUUAUGAUAAUCUAAUUUUGAGCGUACAAUGGUCGCAACCAAGACCGGACGGCCGCUGAGCGUGUGCUUCAACGAGAGUCGAUGGAGACACGUGUAACGAUAUAUUGUCGACAACAAUAUGGCUCUGGAUUUUAAUCGAUUCGUUUUGAGAUCUUUAUCAACACCGACACUUUUCGAGACGGAAAUAAUAAAUAUAGAGAGGUACCUGGACGGGAUUCUCGUUCGGUUUGUGCCUUGAAAAGGCUUUGCGGUCAGUUCGGCUUGAAAAAUGCAAAUCCGACGAGUAUCGACGGGUAGGUUAUCCGCUACCAUUCCCGCCCCGCCACGGCGCAUGCAGAAAGCCACAAGCAAUUGAACUUAUUUUUGACUACGUAC